AUUGAUUGAGUUUGCGGUGCCUUAUCAAGCUCUCGCCGUCGUUGUUGCUUUUUUUUUUUUUUUUUUUUUUUUUUUUUUUUUUCACGAGACGAGGGCAAGAGGGAGGGUCACCCUCAUAUAA